CUCUAUCGAUGCAUUAUUUCACUACUUGAAGUCAGUAAAUCAGUGAAGGUGGCUGUGAACGAACAGUUCGUGCAAUUUCAAAGAUUUACAACUUGUCCGGAAGAUUUGCUUGUGCCAAAACUGAUUGUAUUUUGCACAAAUCCAGCAGAGACGCGCACCGCUUUUCGACGACCUUCUACCCCUUCGGCUUCGCACUGCAAACUCAAGGAGAUCGAUCACAUUGUCUCUGUGGAAUUGGAGCGAAACGGGAGCGUCGUCAGCCGGCUCAAUUAAUUUUGCUGAUUUUGUGCUACAGGAAGCCCUCAGAAAAGCGAAAACGCGUGUGAAUCAUGACGCCACCAUUGCAACGCGCUGCGCCCGAUUUCUCCGGAACCGCUGUGGUUAACGGAGUAUUGAGGGAUAUUUGCUUGGGGGACUUCCAGGGGCGCUACCUGGUGCUCCUCUUCUACCCGCUGGACUUCACUUUCGUCUGCCCCACCGAGAUCAUCGCGUUCUCAGAGCGCAUGAGCGAGUUUCACGAAAUCGGAUGUGAGGUUGUGGCAGUCUCCACGGACUCCCACUUCUCCCACCUGGCCUGGACGCAGCUGUCCCGGCGCGAGGGAGGCCUGGGCAAGAUCGCCCUGCCGCUGCUCUCUGACAAGUCCAUGAGAAUCUCAAAGGAGUACGGAGUGCUGAACGAGGAGACGGGCAUCGCCUACCGAGGGCUCUUCAUCAUCGACGGGCAGCAGAGGCUGCGCCAAAUCACCGUGAAUGAUCUGCCAGUUGGGCGGUCUGUUGACGAGACACUGCGUCUGCUCAAGGCAUUCCAGUUCACGGACGUUCACGGCGAGGUGUGCCCAGCCAAUUGGCAGCCCGGCAGCAAGACCAUCAACCCGGACACCGUCAAAUCCAAGGAGUUCUUCGAGGCUACCUUCAAUUGAAACCAAACCACCCCAAAGAAGCACCAACCAGGAUUAUAGCGAGUAUUACACCCAGUCACUGGAGAUUGAAUAAACACGAAUUUCACAAGCAA